AUGUCAGAGCGUCCGCGAGUACUGGUAAUUGGUGCGGGCGCUGCCGGUUGUGCAGCUGCUUGGAGCCUGGCUCGCUCCGGCGACGCAGUGGCUGUUGAAGUCUGGGAGAAGGCUGCUGUGGCGGGAGGUGUCGCAUCAACGCAGCGAUGGAAAGGGUACUGGUUCAACGAUGGUGUCCAGGGCGGUGCACCGUGCUACGCAAACACGUUUCGCUUGCACGCUGCGGCGGGCUUCGAACCGCGUCCGGUUCACAUGACGAUCAACUUCGGGAAAGGUCCAACCUGGUGGAAUAAUUACGGCGAGAAGCUGGAAACUGAUCUCGUGCGCCAGUUGCGCCCGGAAAUUCGACGUUUCGGGCAGCUACUGGAACGAGUGAACCGCCUUCCCUGGUUGUAUAUCUGGGUUCCAAUAGCGAGAUUGCUGCGCUGGCACGGUUUCUCGAAAUCGUUCAUCAAUUUAAUGGUUCUUCCGCUGACUGCGCUUUUCUUCGGGACCGGGAAUCAGACUCCAAAAGUGUCAGCGGUGAUUGUUGCCCGCGUUUUUCUCGACCCGCACAUGCGACUCUUUGCCUACGAUCCGGAUCGAUUGCUCUCGACACAGCCGCUCAUGUUUGCCUUCGAUGCCCUGGAAAGCAUCUACACUGCAAUGCUGAAGCAUCCUGGCAUCGAGCGCGUGUGCUACGAACGCGAGGCGUGCCGUCUUGAGGCGCUGCCAGAUGGCGUCUGGGUGACCGACCACAACCAACGACGUGAGCGCUUUUCGCAGGUCAUUCUGGCGACCGAUGCGCAGACUGCCUUGAAGUUACUGGGAUCGGGAGCUACCUUCAUGGAACGUAACGUGCUCGGACGGGUCCGCUAUUUCCAUGACGUCACCGUCACGCAUACCGACGAGGCAUACAUGGACCGAUACUACCAAAUGGACCCCGAUCGGCGCACAGAUAUGUACUUUGUAAGAACAGACCCAGUGGAUCCGUCCUGCAUUGAUAUGAGUUUUCUGCUCUCCGCAUACCAGGAGCAAUUGCGGGAUGCGCACGGCGAGCCGCUGCCGCUCUUUCAGACGAUAUUUCUGAACAAAGAGGAGCGGCAUCGCUGGACCAUGGAUGAAAUUCGCCGCGAUCAGAUCGUACUUGUGCGCUGGUGGAAGCAAAUGUCGCAUGAAUGGAGGCAUUUCGUGCAAGUUGUUCCGUUUGUGCGGUUCAUUCAAGGUGGGCGUCACGGAAACCUCUGGUACGCCGGCUCCUGGACCCUGAUGAAUAUUCACGAGGUGGCGAUCUGCUCCGGGCUAGCAGCCGCAGAAGCUUGCGGCUGGGCGCUGUCGAAGCAGACGGGUAAAUCCCCGAUCGGUGCGUAUCCGUUCGAACGCGACGCCGAUGCAAGCCGCUUCUACACCAUGUAUGCGAAGACCGCCUACGGAAGUCGAUUCCGAGAGCGGUUGCGAAAUGCGCGCAGGGCAUCCGCGGCAACCGUGGAACCACUGCAGCCUUCGGCGCCAGGCACCCCCAUGGAGUCGUAG